CAGUGUGGCGGCUGCGAUUAAUAACUCGGUGGCUGCUGAAGAGGGAAGGAGCGCGCGGACACUGUGAGAGAUCAAACAGGAGGAGAGCGGAACAGAAGGACAACGGAACAUGUCCAUGCCAAUAAGUGAAGCGGAGGUGAAGGUAGCUGAAUGGCAGAAGACAUAUUACGCGGCUGAUUCCGGCAUCCAAUCAGGAGCCACAACUGUAAACGAUGAGGACCAAUCAGAGCUCAGUGCCAAAACAUUUACCAUAGAUGACUGUAGUGCAGAUUUUGAUGUACAGUUGGUUCUGACCCGAGCUCAGCGUAUACGGGCGGCCAUGUUUCCUGAGACAUUAGCAGAGCGUGAGACAUUAGCACAGAGUGACUCACAAUCCAAUGUUCAGCGUCUGACUGAACCCUCACACCUCCUGAACAAUGCCAUUGUUCACCUGAUCAACUACCAGGAUGAUGCUGAGCUCGCCAAACGCGCCGUGCCAGAGCUCAUCAAACUGCUGACUGAUGAUGACCAGGUCGUGGUGAGGAAGGCAGCUCUGAUCGUGAGCCGUCUGGUUCGGAAUGACGCUUCGCGACAUGUGAUGAUGCAGUCAGCGGCGAUGAUGUCAGCUGUGCUGCGGCUUAUGCAGAGCUCGAGUGACAUGGACACGAUUCGCUGCAUGGCCAGCGUCCUGCACUGCCUGUCGCACCAUCACCAGGGCCUGAACGCCAUCUUCACUGCGGGGGGCAUUCCCACCCUCAUCCACAUGCUCAGUUCUCCAGUGGAGGCAGUGUUAUUUUAUUCCAUCACUACACUCCAUAACCUCCUGCUCCACCAGGAUGGCUCCAAGAUGGCGGUGCGAAUGUGUGACGGUCUACAGAAGAUUGUUCCUCUGCUCAAACACACAAACCCAAAGUUCCUUGCCAUCACCACUGACUGCCUGCAGAUCCUCUCCUAUGCCAACCAGGAGAGUAAGCUGAUCAUCUUGGCGAGUGGAGGUCCUGAGAGUUUAGUGUCCAUCAUGAGGAACUAUAACUAUGAGAAGCUGCUGUGGACAACCAGCAGAGUGCUGAAGGUGCUGUCAGUGUGUCCUAGCAACAAACCCACCAUCGUCAAUGCAGGAGGCAUGCAGGCUCUCUCUCUGCACCUUACCGGUUCCAGUGCUCGUCUCAUUCAGAACUGUCUCUGGACUCUGAGGAACCUGAGUGAUGCUGCCACCAAACAGGAAGGUCUGGACUCUCUACUCCACAUCCUUGUGACUCAGCUCGGCUCAGAUGAUGUUAACAUUCUGACAUGUGCAACAGGAAUCCUCUCGAACCUGACAUGUAAUAACGCACGUAAUAAGUCAUUGGUGGUGCAGCGUGGCGGUGUGGAGGCGCUUAUCAACGCUCUUCUGCGAACCACUGUGAAUCAGGACGAGGCUGAGCUGGCCAUAUGUGCCGCAGUGAAUCAGGAUGUGGCCGAGCCGGCUGUAUGCGCCCUUCGCCACCUCACCGGCCGACACCCACUCGCCCAGACAGCACAGAAUGAAGUGCGGGUUCACUAUGGCAUCCCAGCCAUCAUUAAGCUACUGGGACAGCCACACUACUGGCCUGUUGUCAAGGCCAUCAUUGGUCUGAUCCGUAAUUUGGCGCUCUGUCCAGCCAAUCAGGUGCCUCUAAGGGACGCAGGUGCAAUACCACGACUGGUGAACCUGCUACUGAAGGCUCAUCAGGACCUACAGAGGCUCAGCACACAGAACACCUACCAGGAUGGAGUUAGUAUGGAGGAAAUAGUAGAAGGCUGUACUGGGGCAUUACACAUUUUGGCCAGGGAUCCGAUUAACCGAAGUGAGAUCGCCAGCAUGCAGACGAUCCCUCUGUUUGUACAGUUGUUAUACUCAUGUGUUGAGAGCGUGCGGCGAGUCUCAGCUGGUGUUUUAUGUGAACUCGCACUGGAUAAACACUCAGCUGAACUAAUUGAUGCUGAAGGAGCUUCUGCUCCACUGAUGGAGCUACUGCACUCUACUAACGAAGGGAUAGCCACCUACGCUGCUGCUGUGCUCUUCAGGAUCUCAGAGGAUAAAAACUCAGACUACAGGAAGAGAGUGUCAGUGGAGCUCACACACUCGUUGUUCAAACAUGACACACAUGCCUGGGACAUGGCACACAGUGCAGUGACCCUCGAUCACGGCUACAUACAGGAUGAGGGCGUGUCCUCGCUGUAUGUUUACUCAGACCUUCCUGUCGAUGCUCUUCCUCUGGAUCCUGAUGUCCAUGAGCCAUAUGUGUCAGAGAUGACCUUUGACCCCCGACAUGUUUACCCAGAACCACUUUAA